CUUUGGUUGUGUAACAUGUUUCUGUCAUUGUACACACCUAGGGCAGUCAGCUUGUAUUUCUACAGACAUUCCUUAUUUCAGUGAGCUCCUCUGCAAUGCCUGAACCCCACAGGUAAGAUGGAUACCCUCAGGCUGGCUAGGGGUGAUAAGGGCAUCAGAGCACAGGGGUUCUGUUUUUUUUUUUUUUUAUGUACAGUAAGGUUUGAGGUUGUAGAGUCACCUUCCUAUAAUAUGUUUGUUUAACAUUUUAAUGGAGGUUGACAUAGUUUGAGGAACAUCCCAACACACCACUCCCAGCCAUAACACCCCCUCCCAGCUAUAGUAUCACUCCCAGCCAUAACACCCCCUCCCAGCUAUAGUAUCCCUCCCAGCCAUAACAUUACUCCCAGGCAUAACACUACUCCCAGAUAUAAUAUCACUCACAGCCAUAACACCCUAUCACAUUACUCCCAGACAUAACACUACUCCCAGAUAUAGUAUCACUCACAGCCAUAACACCCUAUCACAUUACUCCCAGGCAUAACACUGCUCCCAGAUAUAGAAUUACUCACAGCCAUCACAUCACUCCCUGGCAUAACACUACUCCCAGAUAUAGUAUCACUCACAGCCAUCACAUCAGUCCCAGGCAUAACUCUACUCCCAGAUAUAGUAUCACUCACAGCCAUCACAUCACUCACAGCCAUAACACCAUUCCCAGAUAUAGUAUCACUCCCAGCCAUCACACCACUCCCAGCCAUCCCAUCACUCCCAGCCAUAAUAUUACGCCUAGCCAUGAACGUGUUACCAAUUGUCAUUAGUUAGAUCUAAUGUCACCCCAUUGUCUACUAAUGAUCCUUGGGGCAGAUGUGCGUUUUACCUGCUAUGUAAAUUCCGGGGUAAUAUCACGGAUAUUGCAGAUUUAUUUCUCAUGUAAAAUACAUUAAAUUCAUUUCGUUUUAUUUUCUUUCACAGCAAACUGUGCACGCAAUAUCCAUGCAUUUACCGUGAAAAAUUUGUAUAUAUAUAUAUAUAUAUAUAUACACAUGAGAACUUCUAGGAUUACAAUGCCAUUUUGCAUAUUUUUUUUAUAAUAAUUGCUAUUAAACAUUGAGCAAUUGAACUUUUAUUAAAUAUUUUAGUUUCUUGUUACAAAGGUUCAAGACUGCUGUGCAAAUACCUGUGGAUAAAUAUCGCACAGACUAAUUCACUAAAGUGAAAAUCUAUGGUGAAUUAAAAGUCAAUUUCAAAUUUAAGGUCAAUAUAGCCAAACGGGAAAAAUUCUCGAAGCCAGCAAUGCUUUCAUUUCAACUACUUUAGCCUUAAAUGUGAUUUCACUUUGAAUUCACCAUGAAUUAUCAUGUUAGUGAAUAACCCUGACAAUGCUCCGGACGUCCAACUGUUUGUAACUGAGAGGAGUGCGCGGAGCGCUUCUGUGCAUUUUGUGAAUAGUGCUAAAAGAUAUGCAUGCAAGAAAUUGUGGACCCAUUUCCCACAGAUACUGAGACGAAUGAUCUGUGAAAUCCUAAAUUGCGCUGCUUGUUUGAGAAAAUCAAACAAUUUGUGGCAAACAAUGAGAUUGAGACCAUUGGAUUUAAAAACAAUUUUUUUUUUAAUAUUAUUUAUAUUUGUACUAAUUUAUUUAUAGCUUGGAAAACACCCCUGUAAAGGGCUCCCAAUCCCAAGGAUGGGAUAGGACUACAGGCAUAGAAUAGCAUCCCUUCACAUGCUAAAUGAAAUCUUGCCAUCAAAAUAUUCUCAUUUUAUUCCAAUUUUUUCAAUACCGCUAAUGUAGGAAUCUUUUUACAUUUGUAUUGUUGUGUAAUACAGACCUUUGUGUGACCUCUGUAAUCCUGUGUAGUAUUACGGCCUCGUAAGAGAUUAGGAGAGACUUAUUUGUUUUGGUCCUGGAGAAAUAAUGAAAUCAUAUGUUUUACUUAAUAAAGCGUUUUUAAAUUUCAACACACGCAAAGAAGACUCUCGGUGCAAAGAUAAAAAAAAAAAAAACAUGAAAAUAAUUAUACGUUACCAAUCAUUUGUGACUUACUGUACAACUCUUGUUGUGAAAAUGUUGAAUUGUAAAGAGAUGCUUUAUAUUAAUAACAUUAUUACACAAUAUAAUUCUGGAUCCCUCUGCACUGAUUGUCUCACAUAUCUUGAGAACCCCUUACCAUACUUUCCUAUAACGUGUCCAAAAAAUGUUUACCUUAACCCUACCUGGUAUGCCGUGGGUAGGGGCAUAUCUGCUAAAUAUCGAGCACCAGCGACAGCUCAACCAUUAGCAGCCCAUAACCUGAGCAGUGGACCGGGCUUUGUAAUAAUGAGAAUGUGGAGGACCUUCCUGUGGCUGCCCAGUCACUAGUCAGAUUAGGCCCCUGACUGCAGUGUCUGGGGGGGAUGGGGUACUAACAGUAGACCAAACAUUUGCUGAUCACUGUUUAGUGAACGUGAACCCAACUACAAAAUGUCCAGCAGGGAUAGUUCUUUAUCUUAUUAACUUUUCACUGCGGUGACUGGCUAGUGAGAACGGGCAGCCACCAUAGUUGUAACCCACGGAGGCCUUUUUAACAAUGUUUUGAACUAUUGUUUUCCACAAAUUCCCUUUCUUCCCUCGUCUUUAGUAUGUUUGGAUGCGGUAAUCUCGGUUGAACCUGCAAUGUGACCCUUUUUUUGUUAUAACAAUAAAUAUCUGCAAUCUAACCAGUGCUUUAUUUGUGGAUUAAGGGAAAAUGACUCUCCUAUACAAGGAAGUAGGCUGCAGCCGUCAUCUUAUACCAGUUUUUUUUUUGUUUCGUUUUUUUAGUUACAGAGCUUAACCAGGAUAUGGUUUAUACUUAUAUGGGAGUCGCCAUAUUGUAAACUAUAUUUUGGAUUCCCCUGCUCUGAUUGUCUCCCCACAACUCCCAGACCCCAUCUCAAUAACAUGGUAUUAGUAUAGUGUAACAGGAAAUGUGUAGUACUGGCCUAAAUCAAAUGAUACCAUAUUCCAAGCUACAGUGUAGCAGAUCCCACCUGGAGCAGGAAACCGAGUUAGGUUCCCUGAAACACAGCUAUACAAUAUCUUGAUGGACCUCAAAUUAAACAUAAUGUGCAGAAAGGUAUUUCAGUAGAAACUGUAGUGAAUUGACAAAUGAAUGGCAACAUUUCUGUGACAAUAACCGAUUUGGAAAAAAAUUCUCAGAUCAACUAUAAACAGUCUAUUUUUACUAUUUUACUAUUUUACUAUUAAGUGUUCAAUUCAGUACAUUUAACAUGUGAAUAAAUCAUGACAUGGAACUAAAUACUUGUGUCCUAAUCGUUGGGGUGUGAGGAGCACCGAGUUAAAUAAGCCUUAUGAACAAAGGAACCAUUAUGGUGUAGGGUUAUCGAUCAGGUGUAUUUGGAACUAAUUUAUAUUUCUGUAUUUCCUAAAGGGACUCGAAAAAUGCUUCACGCAGGAGCACGUACGGUAGUGCUGCAAAUAGCGUUAAUGCAAUGAAAGAUCAAGUAGUGGCGGCUACUGUCGGGAAUGUGGAUUUACUUCAGAUAGGUAUGAAUACUGCUGGUGGCAAUCUCAAAGCGGACAAAGAGGUAAGUACUAGAUUUAUACUUUCAUUUAUGGAGGAAAUUAUCUUUAAACAAUCAGACUAUUUCUUACCUCUUGCCAAGGGAAACCGACCUUUAAUUCCCUGAGGUGAUUUCUCGCUAGAAAUGUUUUUCACCCAGAAGUCCGAAAGAAUAAUCACUAGACGUGCAAAAAUGUCCUGUUAACAGAUAAAUAUUGGAAGUUUUACAUAUGUCAGUAAUCACUUAUGACACAGGGUUAUAAGUGGCUGAGGUUCCUCAAAACAUACUUAAGGUAUCCACCACCACCACCACCUUGGGUAUAACUCCAAAACAGGUAUGAAAAUAAUAUAAACACAAUGGUGAGUAGAAACGCAAAAUAAAAUGAAGGAAAAGUAUCUCUCACACCUUUCCACCACGGUAGCGCAAACCAAUAUGGACUUGUAUACAGGAAAAAUCUUCAAUUCUUUAAGAUGCUUAAGAAACAGAGCUACUAUAGUGCAUUAUAUUAAAACACAAAAAACUAAUUGUUCAUAAAAUUGCACUCUUACAAACAUUAAGGCGUUUAUAUAAAUAUAAAGUGAUACAAAAGCAUUGUGAAAUUCUUUGUCCUGCGGUUAAAGAACUGGAACUAAACGUUUUCUUGGGCGAAUCCCAAUGUUACCGAAGCUGUAACAGUUCCUUCUCGUUCCCAAGAUUGGUGAACUUUGGUUGGCCACCAAAAAUAGAAAGGAUUGAAGGAUUGCUGUUGUUACCUUCUACUGGUUUCAUCCGUCUGGACAUCCUUAGGUAGAUCUGCUUUCCUGAGAAAGUUUAGUUAAUUCGGAUUUAAUUUGCUGAAAUUCAGAGUACAGUGAAUAACCUGUAAAUUUAUAUAAGUAUAUAAUUAUUCAUUAUUAAUGUAGUGAUGCACUGAUGCAUGGUACACACCAUAUGUCCCUAUUAAUAGUAUUUCUGUUUUGUGACAGGGAUUCACCGCCUUGCACAGAGCUGCCCAAUACUGCAGGCUCCCGUGCUUACAACUCUUAGUGGAAGAUUACGGCGUUAAUGUAAACCUGCCCACCCAUUCUGGACUGACACCUCUUCACCUGGUUUUAAGUGAGAAAGUAGGAUCUCAGGUGCUCACAUGUGCCCAGUAUCUCAUAAAACAUGGCGCCGAUGUCAACGUGUAAGUAAUAUCGCAAUGUGUUCCUAUAAGACUUUUAUAUCAACUGGACUGGAUGGCAACUUUCAUGUGACGCACCACCUCUUUUAUAGGUGAGACUGCUUCUUUUCCAGGUGACCGUACCUUUCUAAGGCAGGACUUACUACUUAAUUAUUUCUCUGAGGAUAUAAGAGAUUCCUCUCUUAGAGAGAAGAAUUACAUGACACCAACUCUAUGGUAUAUUGAUAAGCCUUUUAUUUCUCUUUAGACUUGGGAAAGACAAUGCGACUCCCCUUCACCUGGCUGCUGGUAAGGGGCUGAAGGAGUGCAUCGUGAUGUUGGUGGGAUCCGGGGCUGAUCUUCACGCUAAAGAUUCACGUGGGUUUAAACCCAUUGACUGGUGUACAAUCUACUGCCAUUUAGUCUGUGCAAGGUACAUGCCAGAGUACAUAACGCAACAUCCAUUUAUCUAUAUCUCACUGUAGUGAUGCCUGAUCUGUAUGAGUAUUCCUCUCUAAUCGAAAAUCAAUGGAUGAUGCUGUUGCUACUGAAAUAGUGUAAUUAAAGAGCAAUAAGAUGCUGCUAACUGCUCAGACUAUGCCUAGUACCGAAUAGGUUUGGACCAUGAUCGCUCUAUUUAAUAGUUCCUGACUCCAUUGGAAAAGAAAUCACAAAGCAUGGACUGGCUGAAACUGCAACUUCCAGAGAACUUGUUAUUAGCAGACAGUGAGAACUACCUUCAGCCCAAUAAUCCAUUUUAAUUUGGUCAUCAAUCAGCCUCUAGAGUCCUAAAAAAAAUGUAAAUUUUCACACAGUCUGAAUUUCGUGUAAAAGAGGGAAUUAUUAAGUAAAUAUUACUCGGACUGACCUAGGGUUCAUUAUACCCUAAAAGACAUGUAUAGAUAUAACCUAACUAAAAGUAUAAUAGGAUGGUCAGGGGCAUCAGGAUAUAUAAUGCUCUAUAGUCAUUCAAAAUCCACAAAUACAGAGAAAUACAAAUACGUGUAAAUAUAAAUGCUAUUAGAUAAAGAGUAAAAUGAAGGUCCAAUAUAAUAUUAAAGAAUAAAUACAUCAAUAAAUAUAUCAGUCCAGGAGUCCACACAAUAUUAGGGCACAAUGAAGCCUCUCAGGAUAAACAUGACAGUUAAAUCUGAAUAUUGUUGCAAGAUGAUUAAUGGCACCUGAACACAACAAAGAGAAGCUCACAAUAUUCAGAUUUCUAUGCCAAAUACUCAUUCAAAUAAUAGGAGAGUUUAAUAUCCUGUAUAGAAACAUAUAUUAAAAAUAUGAACAUAUAAAUGUAAACAAAAUUAUAAACGCAACACUUUCGUUUUGGCCCCCAUUUUUCAUGAGCUGAACUCAAAGAUCUUAAUGUACACAAAAGGCCCAUUUCUCUCAAAUAUUGUUCACAAAUCUGUCUAAAUCUGUGUUAGUGAGCACUUCUCCUUUGCCAAUAUAAUCCAUCCACCUCACAGGUGAGGCAUAUCAAGAUGCUGAUUAGACAGCAUAAUUAUUGCACAGGUGUGCCUUAGGCUGGCUAUAAUAAAAGGCCACUCUAAAAUGUAACUGAAGCUCAGACUGGUUGUUACAACACUUUUAUAGGAAUUUACCAUCUGAUGCAAUUAAUUAUUUGUCAAAGACACAAAUUCAAUCACAUCUGUUCCAUGGGGGAAACAAAAUUGCAUUUUUAUGUUACUCUUGCGUGCCUUGUCUUUAUCUGACAACAUUCCGUCAUAGGUUCCUACGCGAUGCCAUGUGGAAGAAGGAUAAAGAAGACUAUGCCCGAGGGAUGAAGAAAUUGGAAAAAAUUAAAGAAAAAAUAUAUGAAGAAGAAAAAGAUGCACGUUUGCAAAUAAAGGUAACGGGCAGUGGUGUACCUACUACGGUCGUAUAUGCGACCGGGUCCCUCACUACAGGGGGCCCGGCCGCAGCCACAACCCCUGUGACCGUGGGCCGCCCCCUCCGUGUUCCCCCUGUCAUAGGGUGUGCCAUUAGAGUACAUAUACCUAAUAUUUCUGGGCUCAUAAUCUGCAGGAAUUUUAAAAAAAUUUAAAGGUUUUGACUCUCUGGUGUGAAUGGAACUGAAAAGAUCCAGUAUGAGAAUAACUCAAUUAUUAAAGCUCUAGUUAGGGACCGUGGGCUGCUGGGUGUAGGGAAGGUAGGUUUUACUUACCUGAAGGUGUCCCUCUAGGCUGCUGCCUGGUGGUCUUCUUUGGCUCCUUAUACUUAAAGGGACACUGUAGGCAUCCAGACCACUACAGUUAAUUGAAGUGGUCUGGGUGCUGUGACUCUUUUGCACCUAAUUUGUCACGAGCCGCGCUAGUACUGUACUCUCGUGCAUGCAAGGUCUAUAGAGGAUCCUUCCAUAGAUUGAUGCCUGAAGUCCAUAGCUGUCACUUGUGAAGGGCGCUGGGAUUGGACAAAAGUUGCACAAGGUGUGAGGAAUGCACACACCAGAGGACAGUAAUCUCUAAGGGGUGCUCUAGGAGGGGGAAGGCAAACUCCUGAACACAUUGGUAAAUUGCAAAAAGGCCUAGCCACACCCAGAGGUUUCCUCAGAGAGGCAGAUUUUAUUCAGGAACAGUGCAUCACAACAUUUCCGCUCUCAUAUCAGCCUUUGUCAAGCCUUGACAAAGGCUCAUGUGAGAGGCAAAACAUUGUGAUGCACUGUUCCUGAAUAAAGUCUGCCUCUCUGAGGAAACCUCUGGGCGUGGGUGGGACUUUUUGCAAUUUUCCAGUGGGUUUGGACAAUAGUUGACAGUACAGUUUGUCAAUUUUUGCCCACCUAAGGCUUGGCCAUAAAAAAAUAUUACUAAUUUGUCUUCUAUCAUCUUUGGAUUGUUUUGGGAUUUCAAUUAAAUUCCAGCGUAGCCAGCAUCAGUAUUCCAUAAAGAGUAUAUCUUUAUGACAUACUAAUAAGUAACAGAACCACUUUAACUAAAUAGAAGGGGGUGUUCAUUUGUGGACCGCCAAGAUGUUUUGAGUCUAUAUUCCCUAUAAUUUUCUGUCAGCUGUAGGUGCACAGUGAAUUAAGGGAUGUCUACAAACGUCUGUGAGACAAAUUUACUUGUACCAAAUAAAACAAUGUAUUGCUUUGACCAAAACCCUGGCCUAGAUAUGUAAAAAACACAAACCACUUUCUCAAGUUAUGGAACUCCUUGAUUUAUUUAUCUCCAGGUUAAACCUGGUCUAAGUAAAUAUGGGCAAAGUAUUCCAUUAUUAUUGGAUACGAAUGAAAAGGACGUGCUUUAUGUUCAUGUCAGUGUACCUGACAGUACACCUCUCUCACUCAUCCUGGGAAAGUGCAAGUCAAAUGUCCACUUUAACUGAAAAUCAAAGAUGACAUUUUCGAUAACAUUUUAUAUUCAUUGUAUUUAUAACAAUUCAUUAAAUGCAUGGUAUUGGUAUGAAUUACAGAAAGAAGAGGACAGUGUUUGUCAAAAGAAGUUUUAUGACUGGAUAGACACAAAGGGAUUUCCUGAAAGCUUAAAAGAGAAGUUUGGUUGCAGAGCAGAUGUCUUAGCAGAGUCAAGGCAUCUUCAUGACUGCUCAAAAACAUCUUCUAAUGGACGUCAACAUGAACUUAGCCAUUCCUCAGAGCAGAGUGAAAUGGACUUGUGUGGGACAAACAAAGUGCACCGUUCUAAAAAGACAGACCAAGUGCAAACAACAGUGAAAGGACAAAUGCGAAAUGAAAGGAAACAUGUAUCUGCCAAACGUGUUUGGAAUCCAAGUGUCAAUCCUUCAAUGACACCAACUACCAAAAUUACGAGAGCUCCAACAGUUAGAUUGGGCGUCCAGCCUGAAGAAGCCAAGACAGAGGACUUAAGCCCUUAUGUAUCACUCACAAAAGAUGAAAAUGGAAAUUUAAAUAUUAAGACAAUUACAGGAAGGAUUAGCUCUUUGCCCCACAAUUUACCAUAUGAGACUGUAAAGAAGAGCCUUUUUCCAGAUAUCAUUCCACAAGAGAGGGUUCGAGUGCCACAGGAGUUCCAAGCGAUUCAUGUUUUUGAUUUGCCCAAAAGGAAUCAGCCCUCCAGUGGUCGACGAUGCCAGUCAGAGAUGGUUUUCCAUCUGCGACAAAAUCUUGACCCCAAGCUUAAGAUAGCUUAAUAUCAAAGCUCUUUCAUGAAGCUAAAGGAACACUCCGAGCACCAUAACCACUACAACUUGGUGCUUAUGGUACUAGGAGUGCCCUGGCUCCCUCUGAGUGUCAGUAGACAAGCUGUUUAACCAUUUAAUAGUUUCCCAACAUACCUGGGGUCUGAUGGGCUGCUGCAACGAUCCACUGAUAGCCAAGCACCUCAAGGCCGAUGAGCUAACCCGAUUAUUGCUGGGCUUUGCUCAAUGCAGAACCUAGGAAAAUUGGCAAACCGUUCCAAAACAGUUUAGCUACUUAACACUGGAAGGAUACUAGGGCACUUCUGACAUCAUAACCACUGUGGUAGUUAUGUUGCUCGGAGUGUUUCUUUAACUUGCGUUCCAAACAUCCCACAUUCAGAUAUGGAUUGAGAACGUUUUGGCGGGCUUUCAGGGGGCAUUUUCAGUGAAACAACAUGUUUCUCUGGUGGUGCUCAUAAUGAGCAAGCCUGUAUGGUAAGUUGACAUUCCUGUCUGCAGAAGGGGCGAAUAAAGCUGGCAUCAAGCACGCCAGGCUGAGAGCCUUCUUGCUGGCCUCCAACAGACAGGACCAUGCAGAGAGUGAUGCAUUGUCCUAGUGCCCACCUCACAGGGCUAUUGAUUUGCUUGCAUGGUUCUGCUGGGGACAGUUCCCUGGAUGCACGACACCAGGGAACUAAACGGGGAUGGUGAGACAGUUAGAAGCCUUGUGCAUGCCAUUAAUUGAUUUCCAUUUCUUUCACUGUUAGAGGGCACAAUAAAAGUAUUGAUGAGGCUAUAUAUUAUUUUAUGUCGGUUAUUAAAGAUCUGACAAAUAUCCAAUAAAUUCAAUAAGGACUCCAAUCAUAAAACAAUAUGCUAGUUCUGAUGUGGAGUAAGGUAUUGUAACAAGAAUGUGUGAUCCUGCCAUGAAACUCAGCGGGGACAGGACUGCCGUAGCUAUGCCCCAUAUUAUACAUUAAUGAGAACAUGUGAGCCACAUAUAACCAGUGUUACAGUGAUACACUGCUAUAAAGUUCAUCUGGUUAUCCUGCUUA